UCUGUGGCCUGAUUAAUAGUGUGUGUGGAAGUGGGGAAAAAGGAAAGAAAAAAAUAAAAAAUAAAUAAAAAUAGCACAAAGCACAAACAAGCAUAUUCUACGAACACUAAUAGGUCAAGUUUCAACAAUCAACGGCCACAGUCUCUCAACGCAAGCUCUGAGCCACCGCACGAAGAACAAGCAAAGAUGCAUUCCAAUCACUUGCUUCUCGAAGAACCUAUCAGGAUGGCUUCGAUCCUUGAGCCGUCCAAGCCUACGUUUUUUCCUGCAAUGACAAAGAUUGUGGGUACGCUUGGCCCUAAAUCACGAUCCGUGGAGGUUAUUUCCGGGUGCCUUAAGGCUGGAAUGUCCGUGGCCCGAUUUGACUUCUCAUGGGGCGACCCGGAAUACCACCAGGAAACUCUGGAGAAUUUAAAGGCGGCUGUCAAGAGUACCAAGAAGCUCUGUGCUGUUAUGUUGGACACUGUGGGUGCUGAGUUGCAGGUCGUUAACAAAACCGGAAAACCUAUUUCACUAAAGCAAGAUGGUAUUGUUGUUCUGACACCACAUAAGGAACAAGAAGCUUCCUCAGAGGUGCUCCCUAUCAAUUUUGAUGGGCUUUCAAAGGCAGUACGAAAAGGAGACACCAUUUUUGUUGGUCAGUACCUGUUCACUGGAAGCGAAACUACUUCUGUAUGGUUGGAGGUGUCUGAAGUGAAAAUAGAUGAUGUCGUUUGUGUUAUAAAGAAUUCUGCGACAUUGGCUGGUUCCUUGUUUACCUUGCAUGCCUCUCAAAUCCGUAUUGAGUUGCCUACCCUUUCUGAUAAAGAUAAGGAGGUUAUAAGUUCUUGGGGACUUCAAAACAAAAUUGACUUUCUUUCGUUGUCAUAUACCCGGCAUGCAGAAGAUGUUCGCCAGGCACGUGACUUUCUCUCUAAGUUGGGUGACCUUAGUCAGACUCAAAUAUUUGCCAAGAUUGAAAAUAUAGAGGGAUUGACCCAUUUUGAUGAGAUUCUCCAAGAAGCUGAUGGAAUUAUUCUUUCUCGUGGGAACUUGGGAAUAGAUCUCCCACCUGAAAAGGUCUUUUUAUUUCAAAAAUCUGCUCUUUAUAAGUGUAACAUGGCUGGAAAGCCUGCCGUGGUUACUCGUGUUGUGGAUAGCAUGACCGACAACUUGAGACCUACUCGUGCAGAAGCAACUGAUGUUGCAAAUGCUGUAUUGGAUGGAAGUGAUGCCAUUCUUCUGGGUGCUGAGACUUUGCGUGGUUUGUACCCUGUUGAAACUAUUUCGACUGUUGGUAGAAUAUGUGCAGAGGCAGAGAAGGUUUUUAAUCAAGACUUGUAUUUCAAGAAGACUGUCAAAUAUGUUGGAGAACCAAUGACCCACUUGGAAUCUAUUGCUUCAUCUGCGGUACGGGCAGCAAUUAAGGUUAAGGCAUCUGUUAUUAUUUGCUUCACUUCAUCAGGAAGGGCUGCAAGAUUGAUAGCCAAGUACAGGCCCACAAUGCCAGUUCUCUCAGUUGUCAUCCCUCGGCUUAGGACAAAUCAGCUAAAGUGGAGCUUUAGUGGAGCCUUUGAGGCAAGGCAGUCACUUAUAGUCAGGGGCCUCUUCCCCAUGCUUGCUGAUCCCCGCCACCCUGCGGAGUCUACAAAUGCUACCAAUGAGUCAGUUCUAAAGGUUGCACUUGAUCACGGAAAAUCAUCGGGAGUCAUUAAGUCUCAUGAUCGAGUUGUUGUUUGUCAGAAAGUCGGUGACGCUUCUGUUGUUAAGAUCAUCGAGCUUGAAGAUUAGAAAGCGUGUUGCCUUUGGUUUAAGGCAUUUUUUACCUCUAAAUUUUGGUUUUGGCUUUGACGGAAAAAAAAAAAAAAAAAAAAAAAAAAACAAAACAAAAAACAAAGAAAAAAACAGUCCCCUAUCAGGAAUUAUAUCCCUAGGUUUUUAAGACUAUUUAUGCUUAUUUUUUUGUACUAAGAAAAUGCAGUACACUGAGGCAAUUAUUAUUGUGGAUCCAAAAUUAGUCUUGGUAUCCAAGGUUACCGUUUAGUUUAAAAUAUAAAGGUGAGUCAAUUUAAAUU